AACUCAUCUCUCUCACAUACACACAGUGUUACAAAAGGGAAAAAUAAUUGUGAAUUUUGGAGUGUGAUCUACAAACUUAAGGUUCUGUUGUCCCUGACAUUAAUAUGCAAAUGAAUGGUCUUAAAGCAUGUCAAACAGAAAACUUGCCAACCCCUGGAAGAGUGCAGCAGUUAGAAUCCGCUGUGGUCACAAAAGUUAGAGUAAUUGUUAGAGUUCGCCCUUUUCUUCCUCGAGAAAUCAACUCGAUAGAUGGAAACCCAAUCUCUUGUGUCUCUGUUCUCAACUCAGAAUGUGAGCCUUCUGAGGAUGUCACAGUUCAUCUCAAAGAUCAUGAAACUAGUCGUAAUGAAUGCUACAAGUUGGAUGCAUUUUUCGGUCAAGAAGAUAACAAUAUAAGCCAAAUAUUUGGCAAAGAAGUCAGUCCUUUGAUCCCCGGGAUAUUAGAAGGUUGCAAUGUAACAAUAUUUGCUUAUGGUGCUACAGGGAGUGGCAAAACAUACACCAUGCAGGGAACUGAAAACCUCCCUGGUCUAAUGCCACUUGCAAUGUCCUCUAUUCUCUCGAAGAGUCAGGGGAAAAGUACCGUAACAAUAUCAUACUAUGAAAUUUACAUGGAUAGGUGCUAUGAUCUACUUGAACUUAAGGAGAAAGAAAUUUUCAUACUGGACGACAAAGAUGGGCAGAUUCAUCUCAAAGGACUUGCACAAGUUGCUGUCAGUUCAACGUCAGAGUUUCAAGAAGCAUUUUCAUGUGCGGUUCAGAGGAGAAAAGUUGCACAUACGGGCGCUAAUGAUGUCUCUAGCAGGAGCCAUGCUGUGCUCACGGUUUAUGUUUCUACUCCAAGCUGUGAUGAUACUGGAAAUGUCAUUACUGGGAAGUUGAACCUUAUUGACUUGGCAGGUAACGAAGACAAUAGAAGAACUUGCAACACUGGAAUUCGUCUACAAGAGAGUGCUAAGAUCAACCAGUCCUUAUUUGCACUAUCAAAUGUCAUUUAUGCACUGAACAACGACCAACCACGAAUUCCCUAUAGAGAAAGCAAAUUGACAAGGGUAUUGCAAGACUCUCUUGGAGGAACAAGCCGUGCUUUAAUGGUCGCUUGCUUGAACCCUGGAGAGUACCAAGAAUCUCUUCAUACAGUUAGU